CAACCAUAAGUCAAAAUUCAUGAGACAUUGCUUCAAACAAUUUAAAACUGAAAUAUACAAGCUUGGCAUGCGCACAAGCUGAUAGAACAGACACAAAGGUAAUCUCAUUUGGUUGCAGACCCUUUGCACCUCAUCUUCUCAUACAUCGUUAAUGCAUAGCUAAGGAAGAAAUCAUAACAUGAUUUUGAAACCUUUACCAUUGAGCUAACUUCUAAGAAAAGGGUUGUAGAUUAAUUGUGAUACAUUCAUUUCUAUUCGACCUCCUUUAUGAUGCAAGUUACAUAAAUGAAAAAGUGCUAAAUUAAGAAACGGAGAUUUGGUAUCUAGCUUAGAGAAGAUUUGGGCCUCUUGAAGUGCACAACACACUGAUGGCCCAAUCUGCUCACGGACCCAAACCAGCAAAACAAAAGAAAAUUAGAAUCACAUAAAAUGAAUCUUUAGAUCAUCCAAUUAGACGAUAUGUGCACACACUAAAAACAUUUGUGUUUCACUCAACUCUUUCACAUAACACAAACAUAUAAGACUCGACUUUAAGUUCAGUAACAUAAAAAUCCGUAGUUAUAGAGUUUGAAGAUAUUUUUCAACAGAAUGUCUAUAUUAAGGGGUAUCAUACUCAUACAUAAGUAGUUAUUAUCAUUUGAAGAGUACUUUCAUGGAACUUUUUAAUUCUGUGAAUUUAUUUCAGGAGAAGUUUAGGAAAAAAAGGCGAUAUGUGAAUUUACUCCGGAAAUUUUUAAAGGUGACCUUCAUUUUUUAAUUUUCUUGGUACAAAUGGACCUGAGAUCAUGCUGAAAGAUGAAGUCGAUUGAAACAUGUAUAACUUUUAGAUUUUAAUGAACAUUUGAAAGAAAGCAAAGUAGAACUUUUCUUAACUUCUUUAGUUUUUGUAAUUGAAAGGCAAAGUUGUGUGAGUGGGGGCAGGGUUGUUAAGGGAACCAAAACCUGUUGGUGUGGGGGCAGGGUUGUUAACGGAGUAAGAAAGGUUCUGUCAUAGCAAAAUUCUUAAAAGACGAAUUGUGAAAAUAGACCAUAAAACGUCGACACUACUUUAAAAAAAGUAAACUUUAUUAUGGAACGGAGGGAGUAUCAAUUUGGGACAGAAAGUAAGACCUUAAAAGAAGAAGACAAAGUAAGACCUUAAAAGAAGAAGAGAAAGUUGUGUGUGUGGAGGGUUGUUAAGAGAGCCAAAACAAAGACCUUUUUGUAAGCUAUUGAAUGAAAAUGACCUUCCCAGAAUUGAUUACUCCAAAGUAAUAACUAAAUCUGCAUAGUGAACUUCGUUCCUGAGUUUGUGCUAUAUAUAUCUCAUCAAACAUAAUGAAACAUAUAGACACAGCAAACAUUUCUUGAUUUCUUCUCUAUCAACUUAACUAGUUUUGAUCAUUUUAGUGCAGAAAUGGAUUGUGUGAAACUUAUAUUUUUUAUGCUAUAUCCCUUUCUCUGUCAACUUGCUUUAUCCUCAUCCUCACCUCAUUUGUGCCCCAAAGAUGAAGCUCUUGCUCUUCUACAAUUCAAGCACAUGUUUACCGUUAAUCCUAAUGCUUCUGAUUAUUGUUACGACAUAACAGACCAAGAGAAUAUCCAGUCAUAUCCAAGAACUCUGUCAUGGAACAACAGCAUAGAUUGUUGCUCAUGGAAUGGAGUUCAUUGUGACGAGACGACAGGGCAAGUGAUUGAGCUUGAUCUCCGUUGCAGCCAACUUCAAGGCAAGUUUCAUUCCAAUAGCAGCCUCUUUCACCUCUCCAAUCUCAAAAGCCUUGAUUUGGCUUAUAAUAAUUUUUCUGGAUCACUCAUUUCACCUAAAUUUGGUGAGUUCUCUGGCUUGGCGCAUCUUGAUUUGUCACAUUCAAGUUUUACAGGUCUGAUCCCAGCUGAAAUCUCUCACCUUUCUAAACUACACAUUCUUCGUAUAGGUGAUCAACAUGAGCUUAGUCUUGGGCCUCACAAUUUUGAACUGCUCCUUAAGAACUUGACCCAAUUAAGAGAGCUCCACCUUGAAUCUGUCAACAUCUCUUCCACUAUUCCUUCAAAUUUCUCUUCUCAUUUAACAACUCUACAACUUUCAGACACACAGUUACGUGGGAUUUUGCCCGAAAGAGUUCUCCACCUUUCCAACUUAGAAACCCUUAUUUUAUCAUAUAACAACUUUCAUGGCCAACUUGAGUUCUUAUCCUUUAACAGAAGUUGGACCCGACUUGAAUUGCUAGAUUUUUCGUCCAAUUCCCUUACUGGUCCAGUCCCAUCCAAUGUAAGUGGACUGCAAAACCUACUAUGGCUCAGCUUGUCAUCAAACCACUUGAAUGGGACUAUACCUUCCUGGAUAUUCUCCCUUCCUUCGCUAAAAGUGUUAGACUUGAGCAAUAACACUUUCAGAGGAAAAAUUCAGGAGUUCAAGUCCAAAACAUUAAGUAUCGUUACUCUUAAAGAAAAUCAGCUGGAAGGUCCAAUACCAAAUUCACUCCUAAACACGCCAAGCCUAAGAAUUCUUCUUCUUUCACACAAUAAUAUCAGUGGACAGAUUGCUUCAACUAUCUGCAAUCUGACAGCACUGAAUGUGCUAAAUUUGAGAAGUAAUAAUUUGGAGGGGACAAUCCCACAAUGUUUGGGUAAGAUGAAUAUUUGUAAAUUGGAUUUGAGCAACAACAGUCUUAGUGGGACAAUUAAUACAAAUUUUAGUAUUGGAAACCAACUCAGGGUCAUUAGCUUGCAUGGGAAUAAGCUAACAGGGAAAGUCCCACGAUCUUUGAUCAAUUGCAAGUACUUGACACUUCUUGAUCUAGGUAACAAUCAGUUGAAUGACACAUUUCCAAACUGGUUCGGAGACCUACCUCAUUUGCAGAUUUUUAGCUUGAGAUCAAAUAAGUUUCAUGGUCCUAUUAAAUCUUCAGGGAAUACAAACUUGUUUGCGCAGCUUCAAAUUCUGGAUCUGUCAUCCAAUGGAUUUAGUGGUAAUUUACCAAUAAGUCUUUUUGGGAAUUUGCAAGCCAUGAAAAAAAUUGAUGAGAGUACUACCCCACAUUAUGUGUCUGAUCAAUAUGUUGGUUAUUAUGAUUAUUUGACGACAAUUACAACAAAGGGACAAGAUUAUGAUUCGGUUCAAAUUUUGGAUUCUAACAUGAUUAUCGAUCUCUCAAAGAACAGGUUUGAAGGUCACAUUCCAGGCAUUAUUGGAGAUCUCGUUGGACUUCGUACCUUGAACUUAUCUCAUAAUGUCUUGGAAGGUCAUAUACCAACAUCAUUGCAAAAUUUAUCAGUACUCGAAUCAUUGGAUCUCUCAUCUAACAAAAUCAGCGGAGAAAUUCCGAAGCAGCUUGAAUCCCUCACAUUUCUUGAAGUCUUGAAUCUCUCUCACAAUCAUCUUGUUGGAUGCAUUCCCACAGGAAAACAAUUUGAUUCGUUCGAGAACAGUUCAUACCAAGGGAAUGAUGGGUUACACGGAUUUCCACUAUCAACACAUUGUGGCGGUGAUGAUCGGGUACCACCGGCAAUAACUCCAGCUGAGAUAGAUCAAGAAGAAGAAGAAGAUUCACCAAUGAUCAGUUGGGAAGCAGUUCUCAUGGGUUAUGGCUGUGGACUUGUUAUUGGACUGUCCGUAAUAUACAUAAUGUGGUCAACUCAAUAUCCAGCAUGGUUUUCGAGGUUGGUUGUGAAAUUGGAACACAAAAUUACUAUGAGAAUGAAAAGGCACGAGGAAAGAUAUUAGUGUGUAACAACCUCCAGAAUUCAAGUCUACAGAGUUGCUGAAGAUGCAGAUAAAAGCCUUUUAUCUUUUAUAGUUUGUGAUGUUUCCAUAAAGUUUUUGUAAUCCAAUGAAUAAAGGCAUGACUUUUCUUCCAUGAAUCAACAGAUCAUUCAAUAAGAUGAUAUGUGUCAUCACUAAAAACAUUGUACUUCACUCAACUCUGUCACAUGACAUUUCAUAACAAAAACAUAGCACUCGACAUUAUGUUCAGAAACAUAAAAUUCUGUAGUUACAGAGUUCAAGAAUACUUUUUACAGACUCAUCGAAAGACCAAAAAAAAAAA